AUGGAUCAGGGAAUGGUGUGUGCUAUGAGGACCCCCUGGUUGUGGAAUACAAGACACUGCUGGUACAACUACCCCUAUCAGCCACUCACAACUGACCUUCACUAUUAUUACAUCCUGGAGCUGUCAUUUUAUUGGUCUUUAAUGUUUUCCCAGUUCAUUGAUAUCAAAAGAAAGGACUUUGGCAUUAUGUUCCUGCACCACAUUGUAUCUGUUUUCUUGCUUACCUUUUCAUAUGUCAAUAAUAUGGCCCGAGUAGGGACCCUGAUCCUUUGUUUGCAUGAUUCAGCUGAUGCUCUUCUAGAGGCUGCCAAAAUGGCAAAUUACGCCAAGUUUCAGAAAAUGUGUGAUCUCCUGUUUGUUAUGUUUGCCAUGGUUUUUAUCACCACACGACUGGGUAUAUUUCCUCUUUGGGUGUUAAAUACCACGUUAUUUGAAAGCUGGGACAUCGUUGGACCUUUCCCUUCCUGGUGGAUUUUUAACCUACUGCUGUUGCUAAUACAGGGGAUGAACUGCUUCUGGUCUUACUACAUUAUAAAAAUAGCUUGCAAAGCUGUUUCAAAAGGCAGGGCUGGGAAGUGGAACCCUUUACAUGUGUCCAAGGAUGACCGAAGUGAUAUUGAGUCUAGCUCAGAUGAGGAGGAUUCAGAGCCUCCAGGAAAGAAUCCCCACACUGCGACCACCACCAAUGGGACCAGCGGUACCAACGGGUAUCUCCUGACUGGCCCUUCCUCCAUGGAUGAUUAACUACUCAAAACUAACAAGUCCCGAACAAAGUGAACUGUUUGUUCCUGGAAGUAUUUAAUAAGUUGCAAAUGCAGUUCCUUUCAUAAUAUCUCAGCACCAGAAACAAAAAUUAAGAUUAUCAAAGCAUUUUGAAUAGCGCACUGCCAUGUGUCCUGUCUGUGAAUAAAGAAGAAUUACCAUUCUCUCUAUGUAGGCAUGCUGUAUGUAAUUGACACAAGGGAAUAGUAUUUGCAUUUGUACUGUCUUAGAAUAUUAUUUAUUUUUUUGUAUUUGUUUGUAAAUCUGUGGACAAAGGAAGUUUCCUCACUCCUUUUACUCUCUGGGUUCAUGGCAGUAAAGGAGGUGCUCCAUCAGCUUCUACCCCUUUCUCUUGCUGUAGUCCUACGUGCUAUGAGCAUUGGCUUACUUCAUCACUUAGAGCAAGCAAAACCCAGUGCAAGAUUUCCAUGCAGCUCAAAAUAGGUUUGCUUUCUUUGUGUUACAGUGCCCAUUUUGAGAUUGCCACUAGUCUCAGUGAUCAUUUACAUAGGAUAAGCUAGGUUUUGAAUUGUCACUCUUCACAGUCAAUUAGCAGUCCAAAUGAAAGAGGAUGGUUAUUGGAGGACUUUUCUCAGUUGUUUUGUAUUAAAUUGCUUUGGGAUAGACUUCAUUCCUUAUGCACACAAGCCAAGAGUUCUUCAAUGAGUGUGAUAGCUGGUUGGGGAUUAACUUGAUAGGUUAUUAUGGAGGUUAUUAUUUUUUUCUUUCUAUGAUGUGGUUAUUGCUCUGACUCUGAAAAAAGUUAUUUGCUUAAACUCAUAGUUAUAAACUAAGAAAUCACUCUUAAUGUUAGGAGUUUGUUCUGUGUUCUGAGAAUAACAUAAAGAGAGCAACUGAUUUCAGCCAGGUUUUACCACCACCCCAAAUAAUUAGUGCAGUCUAACAUCAUGAAAGAAAGAAGCUAAGUAUAUUUUGAGACAAAAAAGGAGUCUUUCAAGAGUUGGCAAAGAUUACCUCCAGUGUAAAGCACAGGGCACAGUGAAGACAACAGCAAGAUACUUUAUUACAGCCAACGUUCUAGAAAAAAUCCUAUCUAGUACUUGGUCUUGAUGUUUUUAUUUUGCUGAGCAAAAUAAAGUCAAUGAGAGAAAGUC